AUGUGGAAGAAACUCUGGAAAUGGAAAGGGCCAAGCCGCACCAAACAUUUCCUCUGGCUUGUGAUGCAUGACAGGCUACUUACCAACAAGGAAAGAGUCAGGAGGAAGAUGACUGCUGAUGGAAACUGCAGCCAUUGCAAAGAUGUGGAGGAGACUACAGAGCACAUUCUGAGGAAAUGCAGCAAAACAGCAGCCAUCUGGGAAAAAUUCAGAAUUGAGGCCUGGUUCAGCAUUUACAAAAUGGCACUGCAGAAUGUUGAGCGAAGCUUCAAACCACCUGUUGAAAGAAGACAAGAGGAAGUUGGUUGGAGGCCUCCUCCUGAGGGAUGGGUACAGGUUCAGACUGAUGGCUCUGUCCUCUCUCCCUCAGGGUAUGCAGCAGCUGGAGGUCUCCUUCGUGAUAGCCUUGGUAGAUGCAGCUCUGCUUUUGCCUGCAAUAUGGGGAAGUGUUCGAUUACUGCUGCCGAGCUGAAAGGGGCGAUUGUUGGUUUGCAGUUGGCUUGGGAGAGGGGUUUUCGAAAAGUGCAGCUUAAGUUGGACUCAACUACUGCCAUUGCUAUCAUUAGGGAUCGCUCUGAUGAUGAUCACCGACACGGAAUUCUGGCUAAACAUGUGAACCACCUUUUGGAUCGUGACUGGGACGUCUCUAUUUCACAUGUGUAUAGGGAAGGAAAUCGCACUGCAGAUUUUCUGGCUAACUUAGGCCAUAGUCUCACUUUUGGAACACAUCAUGUUGAUGUGUGUUGUUCGGAUCUUUGUAGAUGGCUUGACUAUGAUGUUAUGGGAAUUUCCCAAACUCGUAUUAUUAAUACAUGA